GAUGUUAGAUUAGAUUAGCAGAGGCAUUGUUGUUGUGGUGGUGUGGAGAAGUUCGGACUGUUCAGGUGGAUGAUUGUAUCGUUUCCCCCCCUCUUGUUUAGUUUUGGUAGGUUCCCUUUCUGCUGCCCAGAGGAGAGAUGCUGGGUCGAAGGAUGCUCUAUUGUCAGUAAGGGGCAGGGUGUGUGUCUUCCAGCUGCUGGUGGGUACCCAGGGAAAGAUGACUGAAGUGGAGCCAGUCCUGGAUUUUUCAUCUUCUGCAAGGACGGGACGUAGGAAUGCUCUUCCUGACAUUUUAGGUUCACCGGCAGGAGUAGCACCUUCCGAUCUCCCUCUCAAAUUAGCUGAAAUGUCUCUAAAUACAGAUCGAGGUCCAGACUUACAGUCUCCUUCUAGUGAUUUACCCCAGCAGCCUUCCCAUAGUCCUGAACUGAAAGACACAUCCUAAACAUGUCUAACUUUAGAGUACGGAGGGCAUUUUUUUUCCUGCAUAAAAGCUGGACAGCAAUACAGAAGUCUAAGAAGAUUUGGACAACGGGACUGGCCAUUUACUGCCUGCUAGAGUGUGGAGAAACUGCUUAUGUGAGAGCCGGGGGAAACCAAGAAUGUUUUCAGAGACUCUCACCUUCGAAGAUCAGUGCGUGAAGCUGUUUUUGGUGUUUACAUCCAGUUGUUAAGAGCAAACAUUUUGCAGAAGGAAAAAAAAAAAAA